CGCAGUACUCGACAUCCUUGUUAUGCAUAAAGCGUCUCGCAAACACCGAGGCUGCCAAACGACGAACCUACAACCUAUUGUUGUUCUGUCAAUGCUUACAAGCGAAAGCGUUCCGCGCAGGCUUAACGGGUUAUUUCCGAUGUAGCGGAGUCACAAUACCCCGCCGGGGAGUAUGAUAGGAACGGUCUCCCCCACCACGCUAACAUGCCUCCAAUGAUCGCAGACGAUUCUCUCUCCCAAUGCAGAUCCCGACGCGCACCGUUGACAAUCUGCGGGGCUUUUCUGGCCAUGAAUUCGACAAUUCUCCAACCAAAACAACGAAACAAAUGCUGCCGAAACGUAACCUGAAACGACUACAAACAAUAAUCGUCUAUUUAUGAUAUCCAGUGCCGCCAAUCACCCCGCUUCGCCAGUACCGACAGUGGUAGCAUCGCGUGGGCGAACUACUGCCUGUUUAGGCAGGCAGAUAACGAGGAGGUCCGUCCGUCGCGUGAAUACAGAAUCAAAAGAUCCUUGUGUUCGUCACUUGAUCUGAGAAGAAGGGAACCCAUGCGGUCGAUGUGUUGGGAUAUCCCACAGCCAACGGGUCAUUGUUACGUCCGGCAGUUUUUCCCGUCUUUCGAGACCUAGGCUUCGUACUAUACGGGAUCUUAGGUCGCUCAACUGGACUAAACAUGCCCCGCCAGCUUAGGCCCCUCCCGGUUCAAAAGAAGGUACUAAGCGUCCUUUUUGGGCGCACCAGGAGCGGCGGCGGCGUCCGCUGCCAUCACGGCCUUGAUAGCUGGUCUGCCUACACAUCUCUCCCACCACGCCGCCACAUUCUGGCGGCCGGUAAUCAUGUCAGAGUACCCGAACAGGAACAGCCUUUGCACCAGAGGUAUAUAGUAAAUAUCGACGAGCGAAAAGUUGUCACCGGCCAUGUACUGCUUGUCCUGGAGGAGCCCUUCAAUGAUGCUGAAGAAUGUGUCAAGCUCCUUGACCGCCGCCUCUACAACUGCUUCGUCCGCAGGCAGACCAAGGAAUCGCGCCUUUGCUAGCUUCUCGAAAGAGAUUUUGCUCGCUGGCGGAUUGAAGUAAUUGGCUUCAACGGACGAGGCUUGCUCGAAGAGCGCCAUGGCUUUAGGGUCGGCGUCUGUGGGAAGCAGCGGCAGCUUGUAUUUGCGUGCAAUGUAUUGGCAAAUGGGGCGGCUCUCGUAUAGCGUAAAGCCAUCUUCGAAUACGACGGCGGGCACCUUUCCCCAGGGAUGGCGCAGCAUAUUUUCGGGAGACUGCGAGUUUCGUUUGUUAACAUUUCUCUAUUCAAACAGCAAUAAAGACGUGGAGUUGCCUACUUUGUGGUCGCGCUUGGCAAAGUCCAAUUGAACUUCCUUGCAAUUGGUAAGGCCGCUCUCGGCGAUGACAAGGCGCACACGGUCCGCAUUGCUAGAACCGCGAGCACCAUAGAGUGUAAAGUCGGUCAUUUUUUGUGUUGAUGAAUAAGAUAAGGAGCAGCGCUUAGAGAUUUGCGUGAUGGAGUACAGUGGAAGUUCUGGUGGUGAGAGUAAGUGGGCGAGUAUAGGUCUGCGAGCGAUGAGCCUGAACAUGUGUGAGUGGAUGAGAUGUAAAAAGAAAGGGCUUUAGAGGAUGUGAGAGGCUUUAAAUAGCCAACAAAAAGAGUCUGAUCAGCUUAUAAACUAAUGAUGCGCUUAGAAAUCCCAUUCACGCCCAUCUGCAUGGCGUGUCACUCACUGAGCAACAGCGCUGAAGGCUGUGAUUGGCUUCAUCGCCAUCGCUUCCUAAUCGGGACUAGUCUCGCCUUUCAGCCUUGUCGCGAAUUGUACAGGCGAAGCCCGAUGCUGCAACAUUCAGAGUCGGCGCGCGGAGACAUUUUGUUGCGUCGUGCUCUCUCGUGCCGACGAGGAUUACCGAUAACGUUGGAAGUGGCUAAUGAACCUUUGUGUUUUGGCGUUUAAUGCCCUGCAAGGCUGACAUCUCCAAGCAAUGUCCGGUCACCUUUUGCACGCUAGCGCUGUGCCAAAAGCUAGGCGGGGUGUGAAGACUGGUUGCGUAACUUGCCGAAAGCGCAAAAUCAAAUGCGAUGAAGCCAAGCCAGCAUGCCAGAAGUGCACUGCAAGCGGCCGCACCUGUGACGGCUACGAUAGCAUGUUUAGAUUUGUUGGUGUGGCGGCGCCUUCAGUUAGUCCAGCUGGUACAUCUGCAGUUCAAGAGUCUCGAGAAAACUCAGUCUCUGCCAGAGAUAUCGAGCGCCUAAACAAAGACUUUUCUACCAAGACUCUUUUCCACAGUGUAUCCCUGAACUGCGCCGAAGAAGCCCAGCAAAUUUUACAAACCAGUCUUACUGACCCGAAUGUACGGCAAGCAGUUGCCUCAUUACGAAAACUACGCCAAAGCAUCGAAACAAGUCAAGAUGUUACUGCAGGUGAUGCCCCAAGCCCUGGCUACGAUGUGGGAAUUCGACUGUACUGCACUGCCUUAGGCGGCCUGGCCUCGAAAUUAUCUUCAUCCGGCAUAGAGCAAAGCGAAAUCAAAUCGGCUCUGCUCUGUUGCGAAAUGUUUAUUAGUAUCGAGCAGUCGCGUGGUAAUUUUUCAGCUAUGGCUCAGCAUAUCAUGGGCGGCUUGCGCAUUAUGCACGAACAACGAGCACGUCCAGGAUUUGGAGACCAAGUCGCAGGAGAGCAGUCAUUUAUACCAGCCCAAUGGCCUGUUCUACCAUUACUGGACAUUUUUGUCAUAAAGUUGUUUGCCGCGCCGUGCAAAUAUGCAGACCUUGUCGCUGCGGGUGUAAGUGUCAAGGUGACACCUUCAGACGUGCCAGCUACACAGCAUGCGCGAAAACUGGUGCCAAAUAUGAAAGCACAGUUAACAAAAAUUGCGGAAAGUGUUAUUUCAUUUCUCAACCAAGUUUCCCAACUACAAUCGGCCGCAGCUGCCCCCGAGCUUCUGUUAGAAAAGAGAAAUAUAUUAGCAUCGCUGGUUGAAUGGGCGACUGCUACUAACUUGAUCGAGAAGGAGACUCAGCCAAUCGGAAACGAGCUUCUAUCACUGCAAUUUGCACAGCUAUUAUAUGGAAUACUGCAAAUCAUUGUUUUGAGCGCACUAAACUCAUCGGCCCAGCUAUAUGAGCAGUUGCAAGAUGAGAUAAACAAGGUCCAGCGAAUGGCUGCGCUUGUGACGGCAGGUGUCGCUGAAUUCAGGACAAGGAAUGACGACACAAUCAAAGCCAGAGGAUAGUGCAUGUUGAUUCGUUGCAUUCGGUGACUUUGCAAUCUCCAUCGCUAAAGUUGGCCCAGUGAAGCCCCUGUUUGGAGUUUGGGGCCCAUCGAGGUUCCCGCGGGCUCAAGCAGCAUGCUCCAGGCACGACACAGCGACCCGACUAACGACGACUAUUAACCAUUGUCGUAUCGUCGGCUACCAGCUACCUCACGAGCCAAGCAGUGGAUUUAUGGCUUGUCGACCACUGUAUUGUUCUGGCAGUGGGUCGUAGGAUUCCAUCUACCUGUGUGCCCAGAUAGUAGAGCGAAGAAUCUAAUGCAACCUGGCCAAGAGCUAGCGUCAGGGUCCCAUAGAACAAAAAGACAAGCAUUAAGUUUAUGAAUAGCACGGUUGCCGAUGCAUAGCUCGUUCUAAAACACAACCCUAGACUCAUAUGAUAAGGCAUGUUUUAGGUUCCUGUAAUGAAAGCAUGGGUGUCCAUAAGCGGGCUUAGCGCCGGCGGUAACUAAACUGGGACUAAGUACGGAUGCGCAGGCAUCCUUGGGGCAGAGAUGGUUAAUUUUGUAGGCCGUGUGCAAACUGUAAAAUCCAAGUAUUGAAGCUAUUAUGAGAAUACAUCUAUUCGGACUAUUGGCCGGUCGUACUACUGGACGAUUAACUGCCAGUCUGAUAUAUGCCAUAUUGCAU